AUGGCUCUGCCGAUAAACCCCAUGGACGAACCCAGGCUGUACCAGCAGACGUUGCUCCAGGACGGCCUGUUCGACAUGCUGGAGAACGAGAAACUGGUUGACUGCGUGCUGAAGAUCAAAGACAAGGAGUUCCCCUGCCACCGCCUGGUCCUGUGCGCCUGCAGCUCGUACUUCCGCUCCAUCUUUCUGUCUGACCUGGAGGAGAGCAAAAAGAAAGAGAUUGUUUUGGAGGAUGUGGAGCCGGGUGUCAUGGGGCUGGUCCUCAAGUACCUGUACACCUCCAAAAUCAAUGUGACAGAGCAGAACGUCCAGGACAUCUUCGCAGUGGCUAAUGUGUACCAGAUCCCUUCAAUUUUCACUGUUUGUGUGUCUUUCCUACAAAAGCGCCUGAGCCUCAGCAACUGUCUGGCUAUCUUCAGGCUCGGCCUGAUGCUGGACUGUCCCAGGUUGGCCAUCUCUGCCAGAAACUAUGCCUGCGAGCGCUUCCAGCUCAUCUCCAGAGACGAGGAGUUCCUCCAGCUGCUCCCCAGCGAGCUUGCAGCCAUUUUAGCGAAUGAUAAUCUGAACGUAGAGAAAGAGGAGGCGGUGUUCGAGGCUUUGAUGAACUGGAUGUCCCGGGACACUGAGAGCAGAGAGAAAGAUCUGCCAGGUUUGCUGGAUUGUGUUCGUUUGCGUCUGGUCGACGAGGAUUAUCUGAAGGAAAAAGUGGAGAAACACAAACUGAUCUCCUGUAAUCCUGAGCUGCAGCAGAAACUCCAGCUGGUUCGGGAUGCUCUUGCUGGGAAAAUGCCGGAGGUUAAAAAAAGCAAAAGCAAGAAGGAGAAUGGUGGAGCAGAGAAAGAUGGAAAGAAUGAGGAUACAGCAGAAGAAGAAGAAGAAAUAGAAGAAAGUCUUCUCCCAGGCAUCCUGAAUGACACCCUGCGAUUUGGCAUGUUUGUCAGGAACUUGAUACUAAUGGUGAAUGAGGCAGGCGCUGUGGCCUACGACCCCACAGGGAACGAGUGCUUCGUAGCAUCACUUUCCACACAGGUCCCCAAGAACCACAUAAGCCUGGUCACCAAGGAGAACCAGAUCUUUGUGGCAGGAGGAUUAUUUUUUGAUGAACAGAACAAAGAAGAUCCACUGUGUUCUUAUUUCCUACAGUAUGACCCGGUUAGUGCUGAUUGGCUGGGGAUGCCUCCUCUCCCGUCUCCCCGCUUCCUGUUUGGGCUGGCCGAGGCUGAGAACUUCAUCUUUGUUUUGGGAGGGAGGGAACUGAAGGAGCAGGAGCACACGCUGGACUCAGUUUUGGUCUAUGACCGACAAUCUUUUAAAUGGGGUGAAUCAGAGUCACUUCCUUAUCCGGUCUAUGGACAUGCAACUGUAACCCACAAUGAUGUUGUUUAUGUGAUCGGAGGAAAGGGAGACACCAAGACCUGUCUGAAGAAGAUGUGUGCAUAUGACGCCAGGAAAUUUGAAUGGAAGGAGCUCGCACCCAUGAAGGUUGCACGUUCUUUAUUCGGAGCCAUCGUUCAUAAGGACAAAAUAUAUGUGGCAGCAGGAGUCACCGACACUGGGCUGACAGACACUGUGGAGGUGUACAACAUCGCUACCAACAAGUGGUCAGACUUUGUAGCAUUUCCCCAGGAGCGUAGCUCUCUGAACCUGGUGUCUGUGGCUGGCUUGCUGUACGCUGUAGGAGGUUUCGCCAUGAUGCCUUUGGAGGACAGCAACGAGAUCGUUCCCAAAGAGAUGAACGACAUCUGGAGGUUUGACGAGACAGAGAGGAAGUGGAAUGGGAUACUCAAAGAAAUCCAGUAUGCUUCAGGGGCCACUAUUCUGGGGGUCCGCCUCAACACCCUGCGUCUCACCAAGAUGUAAACCCCCUUCCAGUCCCUGCUUGUUAACAAAAAUUUGUGCACAGUGACAUCUGACAUUAGCAGAGUUGUUAAUUAUCAGCUUACUGUAGUGUUCAGUUUGUUUUAUUUUACACUAUGAUAGCAGCUCUAACUAUGUAGCUAUACUUUUGGCUUAAUAUCAAACACAAUUCUCCUAUUUGAUUGAAGACAUUUUUAUAUACGUGCGUUUCAGUGAUUUAAAUCUGAUUGAGAUUGUAAAACUGUAAACAAUCUGUAGGCUGUUGACAUUUUUUGCACUGUAAUGGAAUAAAAUGCAAGUAUUUAGCACCAAACAC